AUGUCUUCUUCAACACCAUCAGCAGCAGGAUUUAUCCCCAAGUGUUUGAGUUGUUUGAGGGAUGCUGGAUCGAUUGGAUUCUACUUUCUCGAAUGUGGACACUUUAUAUGUGAGGCUUGUAUUCUACAACAACAACAACAACAUUUAGCAUCCUCCUCCUUACCUCAAUCAAAUGUUCAGUGUCAAGUUUGUCGUACACAAUGUAAGGCUAUUUCGUUGAUGGAUGCAUCGCACAUUCCAAAGAAUAUAUACGAAUUUGUCAGUUCUAAAUAUCGAAAUGUUUUCCAAGAGCCUCUUGCAAAGAUGGAGGAAAUAAUCAAAUUCCAACACUCUCACUAUGAACAUGUUAUUAGACAAUUAAAAAGUGAAAAUCAAAGCCUUAAGGAAACAAUUCAAAUGCUCAAUAAUCAAAAGAAGAAUCCAACUCCUAGUUAUCCAAUUCCGAAUCAAUUUCAUCUUCAUCAUCAAGGAGGCUUGGUCAAUUCAAUGAUGAUUCCAGAGUUUAAUAAUCAGCAACAAUAUAAUGGAGCAGAGCCUGUCUAUGAAGAUCAUCAAAACAAAGGCUUGAAUUAUCAUCAACAUGCAAUAGUGAUGGGAGAAGUACCAAUGACUCCCUAUGUAAAUAAUAAUAAUAGAGGAAAUGGCAAUUCAAUGAUGAAUUCAAGAAUGCAGCAACAGAGAAUGAGUAAUGGUAUUGGUGGUUCUGGUGAUUAUCAGCAUGUGGCUGCUUCAAUGUCACCUCUCUCUACAAAGAGUUCUUCCAGAAUGAGUUCAACUAAUUAUCAUCAAAAGGAAGAUUUCAAUUCAGGUAGACGUUCAUCAUCUAACAUGGCAGAAAAAUUAAGAUCUGCCUCACCGAAACUGCCAAGUGUGAGUCCAAUCAGAGCUUCUCCAAAUCAAAAUCUCAAUGAGAGUCUCUCCAUAAUUAUGAACCAAGCACCAUCAUCUCCUUCAGGUUUUUCUGACAUGACAAAUACGAGACUUUCCAACAAUGCCAGAUUAUCAAUGAAUGAAAAUAUAGAUCCAAAAACACCAAUGAAGGGUAAAUCUAUAUUACCAAAUAAGACCCCUCAACCAAGUAAUAAUUCCACCAAUCGUUCUGUCCUUCAACCUAGAGCAACUCCUCAACUAGGAUCAAAACAAUCUUCUAUUAACUCGCUCACAAAUUCAAAAAGUAUUCUUCCAUCCUCUUCUAGGUCAUCCACAAGUGAAGUACAACAAUCGUCCAACAAUACAGAAGCAGCAUUUGUUGAAAAUCAAGCAAACGAUCUUGGUCUCCCAAAUAGGUCACAACUCAAAGAUAAACCACUCCUCAAGAGGAAAGUAACAGCACCAACGCCAGAAACACCACCUCUCUCAUCCUUAGGUGUACAAAAGCAAAACAAGACACUGCCAUCCAAUACUAUGGAUCCAACUAGAACACCACUUCUCUCAAGAAAACUCAUCUCCCUCUCAACACCAUCCCGACAAAGACCACAAUCCAGUAGAGGUAUUCCACCAAAACUCUAA